CGUUUGAUAUUGAAAAGCCUAUGCUCUUGUGGCCAUGUCUCCACUGAUUUCGAUUAAAUUUAGCUGAUUUCGCAAAUCAGGAGGUAUUUCAUCAUGCUUUUUCAGUACAUGUGAUCCAAAUUGAUAGAAAUAGAUUUUGUGACAUCAUUACCUAAAAUUUCUAUUAAGAGCACAUUUAUCGUGUCGAAAAUUUCGUUAAUACAGUUAGCAAAUAAUUUUAGUACCAGAAUGAAAAUAUAAUAGUUUGAUUGUUAAAAACACGACGUUUCGAGCAUGUACUCGUUAUCAAGUAUUCUGGAUGAAGUACCACACGCAAUGUACAUAUCCAAAAUUUCGUACUUCUUUACUUUUUGGAAUCCGUUAGAAUUAUAAAAGCCAAGAUCUCUCUCUGAAAAGCCAAGAUCUCUCUCUAAGGUCUUUGUAAAGCUUAUGUCUAGAUUUUUAUUUUUCUGUUGACAAUUUGCCAAUUUAUUUUCCAAAAAGCUACCUUACUCCCGUUUAUAAGCCAGGGUUAAGUUACCAGACUGAUUCGAAGAAGGGAAAUUUGGGAAAUUUGGGAUAUUGACUGUCAACAACAACAAACGCAUAUGGAAUUUCAAAAAAUACUCAGAGAGUAGUCAAAAUAAUCAGAAAGUAGCCUGAAGAAUACAAGGAAAAAUGUCCAAGGAAUUAUUUGUAGGCUUCCAAUAAUCCUAAAUUCCAAUUGAUCAAUGACGAUAAAAAAUUAUGCAAUGAUCGGAAUGGUCAGAUAAUGAGAACACUUCAGCUAAAGUUAAUGGACAUAAAAAAGAUCAGUUUGCACUCAAAGUGAUAAAGAAUCAUGAUUUUAACAAAAAAUUCAUUGUUAUUAAUUACAAUCAAUUUCAGGGAGCCAUUUGCUCCUAGCCUAAAGUUACUUCUCUUAUUUAUUUUAUUUCUAAUCUUCCUUGUUUUUAACUGUAUAAAUUUAUAUAAGACUUUCUACCUGUUUUUAAAUGAAAAUGUCGCCAUUCCGUUGUGUUUCCAUAUAGUCAUCACGACAUCAACGACAACGAUAGAUUUUUGACUGAAAAUGCAACCUUCUAAUAACGCCUUCCAGUGUGAAAAUGUUUGAAAAUGGAGGAUUUUUACAGUCUUGCCCUUUGAAACGCAAAAUUUCUGAUUUGUUUCUUUAAGAUGGAAAUUCGAUGUUUUAGUGUUUAGUUUCCUUAGCCGAUAUUUUUUGGCAAGGUCUGAGAGUGUUUUCUCUAAUAUGGUUGGAAUUCGACUAUUACUCAUAAGUUUCAUUGCUUAAUAAUUAGUUCUUCCUAAAGGUAUUUUUAAAACAAAGCCCAGUUAGAUGUUCAAAGGCAGUCACAACCAAUUUACCAAAGUGUAUCUAAAUUUAAGAGAUUUGUAAUGAAAGAUAGAAAACAGAUUUUGAACCUGUCGGAAUUUUAUAAAGGUUUCUGAAAAUUUUGCCAAGCUGUUAGUUUUUUGUAGUUUUGAAAUUCCAAAAAUAGUUGGGUAUUAACGGAUUCCCGCCAAAAUUGCGUGCAGUGGUCAGUGGUUGAAUAGUUUCCAUUGGACCCCUGUGUCUAAUGAGCCAUAAUCAUGACGUCGCAUGAAUCGGUGUGGCGGCAAAUUUACGAAGCGACGAUCGCAAUGGCAUGACGCGAUGUCGAACUAAAACCUUGAUCGUAUAUUUACUUUCCUUUUAACUUAUUUUUUCUACGCACUAUUUAAAACAUUGCUUAGCCCUGACUAUGGAUCUAAGAAUCCUGAAUCAAAGUUCGUAAUCCUAAAUCAAAUCUCGUAAACAAACAGAGUUGAUUUUCCAGUUGUGUAUUAGAACUGGGGGGAGGAGCGAUAUGAAUAAACUUGAAUUAUCUUAGACUUUUGUUGUACAAAUGAACAGCAAUGUUUUCAUGAUAUUUGAACGAAAUUUCGUUCACUUGCAAUUUAUCCUAAAGCCCCGAAUCAUCAUUGAAGCUAGACGCAAAAAAGAAUCAUUUCAAGCCGUUAAGAAAAAAAUCGUAGUUUGCAACUGGCAAACAAUUUGGUUCCGAUAAAUUGUUUAUUUUAAUAACUCCAUUUUUUCACUAAAAUUUACAGAUAAAAUCAAAUAAAUCGAUCGAUUUCUUUAGCUUCUUGUGUCCUAUAGCAAUUUUUUCGUACUAACCAAGGCAUUUCAUUUUUCGCAAUUUGUGAGCCGAUUUGAAGCGCGGUAUAAAGGAUGCACUUAGCAGAGACUAGACGGAAGAAGUAUACAUUAUUUGUUAUCAUGCGUCAGGUAAAAACGCAUAAACGUAACCAAAAAUCCAUUAACACAUAGGAAUAAAUUUUCAAUGCUUGAACCUAAUGCGAUUCAGCCACAGGACAAUAUUUAUUUGGGGAUUCAAAGCGCGCCAAAACAUUCUCUGUCGAAAAAUUGUGACAGCUCGGCCUUUUCUUCUACGUUGCUCCCCUGCCUCGCAAUAUAUAUCCAUAGUGAAUUUAACAAUACAAUUAAUAUUUGUUUUCAUUACCAUUUCGAUUCUUUAAAGAGGGUAUUUGUAUUUGAGUGCCGAUCUUUAUUAAAUCUUCCAUUUCUAACUAAAAUAUACUUGCAAGUAAAUUACAAAUUAAAAAGGUCAUUUGGAAGCUAAUCCAUAUGUUCUGGGAAUAUAUGAUUCUAAAAUAAAAUUAAAGAAGAGAAGAGUUUAGAAUAUAAGUUUGUUUACAGCAGAGCUCAAAGAUAGUAGGCAUCUUUUUAUUUUAUUUGAAAAAAUUAAGGAGAAUCCCUGCAAUAAUAAUCACUGUUUGCAAGAGGCCCUUCAAUAAAAACGUACCAAUGUAUUUUAAACUUCACAACUAAAACCUAAUUGCAAUUUGUCUGCAAAUUAUCAUAAAAAUUUUAUCAGCAUUAAUCUCAGUUUAGAUUUGAUUUUUGAAAUUGAUUUAGAUAUCUUUGCAUUUCAAUUCAACUUAAAGAAAGAAACGAAAAGGGAAAGUAGGAAUGCGCCAGAAAGAGGAAAUAUUUUUAGAGAAGCAAAUGAUGCUGGGAAUUUUAAGCUUUGAGAUGGAAUAAUUACAGAAUAAAUACAUAGGUGAAAUCACAAUUCAAAGAAACAAAUAAAAUUGUUUACAAGAGUUCGUUUUCUUUCAUCCCUUUUUCUGUCUAUGACACGGAUGAGGCUCCUAUGACUUGGAAUAAGCAUAAAUUAGACCACGAGACCGGCGAGUCUUCCCAGCAGCGCUGCAGAAAGCCUCUUGCUAAUUAAGCAUCAGUUUCGUACUUUCCUGUUGAUGUUCCAGUUAUUCAGAGAUAGCUCGAGUCAAAGCUGCUAGCGAUUUUGUUAGUCGCCAUGAAAUGCUGCGACCGCUUGCUAACUGAGUAUGUGAAGCCUCGUUUCUGCUUGCUGCUUCAUUCGGUUAGAGGUUUUUGGCUGCACAAAGACCAAAUAUGGUCAAACACUUCACCCCAUGUGAUGCAGAUUUGAUGUUAAGUGGGCAAUGAUUGGAUUUAGGCCUAUAAAGGGCGACGCCGUGAGAGUUUUCUUCACUCUGCGCUCCUGACAAGCAAGACUCAAGACAUCUCUAAGCAGCAAGAAGAACAGAAGCUACAAAGUUUACGAUGGCUCGUAAAGUUGCAGCGAAACGAUCAGCAGCAAAGCAAAAGAUGCCAUACGAUGCAAUGGUUCGCCAAGCAAUCGCAGCGCUUGGUGACAAAAACGGCUCAUCCGCGCAGCAGAUUGCGCGUUACAUCGCCAGAAACUUCAAGGUCGGAUCUGCGCACGCCGCUAAUAUGAAAAUGGCACUAAGAAGAGCAGUCAGGGCAGGCAGAGUCGUACAGAGCAACGGACGCUUCCGCUUAAAGGUAACUGGUGGAGCGAAGCCCGCCGCUGCAAAGAAGAGAACGCUCAAAAAGCGAGCAACAAGACCAAAGAAAACAUCAGUGAAGAAGAUGAAGCGAAGCGCACGAAAAUCAAGGAGUGCCGCACGAAAGGCCCGCAAAGCUGUUAGCAAGAAGAGACGCACAACGCGCAAAGUCAAGAAAAUCGCACGGAAACCAGCAGCGCGAAAACCAGUCGCUGUCAAGUCGAUGCCAAGACGCUCGUCAAAAAGAAGUGCCGCGAGGCGUGCCAGGGCAGCAAUGCGAAGCUGCUAUUAAGAACAAACGAACAAUUUUGUCGUAACCAUCAAUGUAUUAUCCGUGUUGUGAAAUAACAUUAACGAAUACCAUCAUGAACCGUUACUGAAGCUGCGAAAUCGUCUUCUUUAUUCGAUCUUCUCUCCGAUAGUUAUCUGCCAUUUUGUAUUUUAUUCCGACGUCAUAAGUGUCCUGUCGCUUUGCUAGGCUUAUAAGUUACUAAUUUGACGUCUAAUUCAAACUCAAAAGGGAUUUCUUAUUUGUCUCGUAAAAGAGGCUGGUGUCUCGUAAUAAAGAGAGAUUAAAGAGAAGUAAGCUCGCCCUUAUCAGGUAACCUCGAACCAAAAAUGCUUAGAAAGAGGCUUUUAUCAGUGAUCAAACGAUGCUGGAUAAAUUAUCGCCAUAACCUCGCUCCUGAAAUGCACAGGCAGACUUUAACUGUAUGCCAGUUCACGUUUUACUUUCAUAUUCCAUAUUCAUAGGUCACCGUAAUAAUAAGGGAAGGUCUCAGGCAUAUGCCCUUGUAAGAUGUGUUACGCCACCCAAUUACUAUUUGGAGAGAGGCACAGUGGCAUCCAAGCCCUAUUCCUAAAGUUUAAACACUCCCUAUCCCCUCCUUCCUUUACAAUGUUGCUGAAUUUCAAUAUGGUCUUAAAUAAAGAAUCUAUUUAAUAAUAUCAAUAUUUUUUCAAAACUUAAUUAAUUUUCAUUUUUAAUAACACAACUGUAAGCCUCAUAAUAUUUUGGCAAUUGCAAUUGGCUAACCUUGUACAGUGGAAAAAGCAAACAUACACGUUAAACUGUUUAAAACUUUUUUGGUUAAGCAAGAACAAGGUGUACAUGUAGUACGAAAAAUAAUAUUAACAAUAACAAGAGUAAUAAUUCUGUGGACACAAAACAGUGCUUCAGCUACCUAAAAUACAAUCUUUGCACUUAAUACAUCGAUUACCGUUGAAUUUUGAAAGAAAACAACCCAUAAAAUUCUGUUCUUCCUGGGUUUCGUGGUUGUGAUUGAACUGACACAUUGCGUGAAUUUCUAAAGAUAUAAUUGUCAAUGUUCGAGGGACUAAAACUUUAGCAGCAGCUUUUAAAGCCUGCAUUAGCUGAAAUAUAGUCGAACGGAGGCACAGUUCUUAACCAAAAUUGUGGAAACACCACAAUAUUCGCAUUUGUGGCUUUUUUUUACCAUAUACAGUAAUUUUGGCCAGGGUUAUAGCGUAGUAGUUUGUUACGACGAAAGCACUUUUGUUGAAAUUUGAUUCAGCUGUACAUUGAUUCCUCUUCCGCCUCAGAACUUAAACUUUACAGUUUCACUUGCUUUUCAGCUUUCGUUUUUCGCCUACUCAGGAUUAAGAAAAUUUUCUCCUUCUACCAACGAUAGAAACUUAACCUUUCUUCUUUGUACAUGUAGUAUUUGCCCUGUGUUCUCACGUCUUCUUUUUGUAAUAAUAAGCUUAAUGACACAGCUUUCGUUUCUGAAUUGGUAAAUACGUUUUGUGUCUACAUAGAUUUGCUAUGUAGCUUUUAAACAAACAUCCUGGAUAAAUUCCCGUUUCCAUCAAUCAAUAAAGCCAAUAUGUCUUUGUUCAAAUCAUCUUUCAAUUUGCUGUAAGCUUUCCUCCACUGACUAAUAACAUUGCGUCU